AUGCCUGAGGCAGGAGAGGCUGAUGUGGGCUUGACCGUCAGCUGUCUCCGCCAUCUGUUCACAGACCACCUAGGGACCGGGAAUCGCCUCCCCAGUGGGCCAUGCUCCACGGGCUAUUACUGUCCCCCUGGCCAGACCUUGGCCACCCCUCCAUCUUUCCGGUGCCCUCGUGGCUUCUACUGUCCCGAGGGCUCUCCCCAGCCAAGGGCCUGUGAGAACGGAACCUUCCAGCCCCAGGAGGCCCAGGGCACCUGCAAGCCCUGCCCUGAGGGCUUCUACUGUGAAGCCUCUGGCUCAGGAGCACCAGUCCUGGCCCAGACCUUGGAAGACUUCAGCAUCCGCACACUCUACGACAAGCUUGAGGACCAGAGCCUGCACAUGGCAGCCCAGCUGAGCAAGCACAGGAGUGACGCAUUGACCUUCUACAAGACUGCCAGCCAGCAGCUCCAGGGGCUCCAGGACUUUCUGCAGGGCCUCCAUGCAACAGGGCUGCAAGCUCUGGGCAGUGGCCAAGACUCUGAGAAGGGGGCCAAAGCCACUGCCCAGACUGACGCCCAGCAGUGUGAGGAGGCUGGGGGCAGCCACACUGCAGCUUCCACCCCGAAAUGCCAGCAGCCACUGACAGGUGUGACUGACAUUAUGGUGCUAAACCACACCUCCAUGUCUGAAUUCAUCCUCAUGGGCUUCUCCUCUUUCCCCAACCUCCAGCUGAUUUUCUUCCCACUGUUCCUGCUUAUGUAUCUGUUCACACUGCUGGGGAACCUGUUCAUCAUGGCCACCAUCUGGAGUGAGCACAGCCUACACACACCAAUGUACCUCUUCCUCUGUGCCCUUUCCAUCUCUGAGAUCUUCUACACCUUUGCCAUCAUCCCACGCAUGCUGGCUGAUCUGCUCUUCACCCACAGCUCCAUCACCUUUGUGGCUUGCGCCAGUCAGAUGUUCUUCUCCUUCAUGUUUGGUUUCACCCACUCCUUCCUGCUCACUGUCAUGGGCUAUGACCGCUAUGUGGCCAUCUGUCACCCCCUGCGCUACAAUGUGCUCAUGAGCCCCUAUGGCUGUGCCUGUCUGGUGGCCUGGUCCUGGGCUGGUGGCUCGGUCAUUGGGAUGGUGGUGACACUGUCUGUUUUCCACCUGAACUUCUGUGGACCCAAUGUGAUCCACCAUUUCUUUUGCCACGUGCCACCUUUAUUGAAGUUGGCCUGUGGACGUCAGGUACAGGUGGUUGCUAAAGUCAUGGGCCUGGUGUGCAUCACAGCUCUACUGGGAUGCUGUUUCCUCAUCCUUCUAUCCUAUGCAUUCAUUGUGGCUACUGUCUUGAAGAUACCUUCAGUUGAGGGGCGGCACAAAGCUUUCUCCACCUGUGCAUCCCACCUUACUGUAGUAGUUGUGCAUUAUGGCUUUGCCUCUGUCAUAUACCUCAAGCCCAGUGGUCUUCAGUCUCUGGAAGGAGAUUCCCUGAUGGGCAUAACCUACACAAUCCUCACUCCGUUCCUCAGCCCCAUCAUCUUCAGCCUUAGGAACAAGGAUCUGAAGAUUGCCAUGAAGAAGAGCUUCUUCAACAAACUCUUUCUCCAGAACUCCUAAUGUUGCUCAUUUUCUGCCUGGGAAGGUGGUGAAUGGGGAGUC